AUGUCAAACGCUCCACCACCCCAGUCCAUGCCGAUUCACACGGAACAACACAACAAGGUUGAUGGGAACUCCAGGUCCGACCCCGUCGCCUCAGACACAAACCUCCGCAAUGCAGACUUCAACAACGACUACUCUUUCCCCUUCGUCGUCACAAAUCCUCAGAUCCAGUUCCGCACAACCACGAUAGCACCCUCCCCUCCCUUGUCCGAAUCCUCCUUCCAGCUGCUUGAGCCUCAAUCCAACCUCAACCGACCCGGCCCGAGCCCCCUCGCAUCCAACAACUCCCUCAGGAUCCAGACCGACGACUUGCUGCCAAACCUACCGACACGCACCGAAAACCACGCAUCGCUCUACACCACUCCUCGCCGCCCCAGCGCCGGCCUCACCCACAAGACGUCCUCGUCGAGCCUGAAGCCCGUUUCGAGAACACCCAGCUUCAAGGCCGCCAUCCACAGCGCCGCCAGUUCGUGCAUGCCCAGUCCGAUCCUGUCGGCUAUGAGCGACGUCACCCCGUUGCCCUCGCCCUUGUUAUCUGGAGACUCCCCGGGCCCUUGGAAGCGUCUCGGCCUGCGUCCGUCGUCGAGGGACCAGAUGCCCAACCCCACCCCAGACUCGGUGCUGGUCUCAGCGACCGGUGAAUCAAUAGCCGCCGCCCUCGCCAACGCAUCAAAACGAAAGGUCUACGCCGGCCUGGUCGCGGAAGGCGCCGAAAAUGCCGGCGCGAAGGGCGCUUCUAACGGCAAGGAACAGCACACACGGAACCGAAGCGUCAGCGAGUAUGUACCCGACCCGAAUUAUAUCCCUAAGCGACACAUCACCGUCUCCGGCUCCCACGUCAAGUCAGACGCACCCGAGUCCGCCACCGAACCGCACAUGCGCCGCGAGUUGAACCUCGCCGAGUCGAGAGGCUUGACCCCCGCGAUUGCCCAGCCGCCGACCCCGCCGCCCAGCGAAUCCUCCAAGGAUUCGAGCGACUCCGCUACCAGCAAACCGAAAACAGCCCUACCCGAGUACUUCGAGGCCUUCGACCGCCGCGAUCACAAGAGGAGGAGAUGGAGGGCCGUCAAGACCCUGGGCCAGGGCACUUUCAGCCGCGUCAUGCUGGCUACGAGCCACGUCGAAGACGACGACGAUACGUUACACACCGACGCCCUCACCCCCGUUUCGGAAAUGUCACAGCCCAUUAGAAAGACUCUUGUUGCGGUCAAGGUUUGCGAGCAUGGCCCCAGGGGCGGAGCGAGCGAAGACCGCAUCGAGAUGUCGCUGAAGCGCGAGCUGGAAAUCAUGCAGAGCAUCAGCCAUCCCUCGCUGGUGCAUCUCAAGGCAUGGAACAUCGAGCCGAGCCGCGCCAUCCUUGUUCUCAGCCACUGCCCGGGAGGCGAUCUUUUCGACGUGGCCACGGGUCACCGCCAAGUCCUCAAGCCGACGCUGCUGAGAAGAAUGUUUGCCGAGUUGGUGGGCGCCGUAAGAUACCUGCAUGACCGCAGGAUCGUCCACAGGGAUAUCAAGCUCGAGAAUGUGCUCGUCAACCUGACUGCACCCGAGCUUGCGGACCCCUCGACGGACUGGCUGACGUAUCCCCACUCGGUCAUCACCCUGACCGAUCUGGGCCUGUCCCGCCGUAUUGCCGACGACGAAAAGCUCGAGACUCGCUGCGGGUCGGAGGACUACGCCGCGCCGGAGGUCAUUAUGGGUCUACCCUACGACGGCCGUGCGACCGACGCGUGGUCCCUGGGCGUUCUCCUGUACGCACUCCUGGAAGCCCGCCUGCCGUUCGACCCGUACCCCAACACGAUGGACGGCCACCGCAUGCGCAGCCGCACAAGCCAUCGCAUCGCACGUGCAGAGUGGCGCUGGAUCGAAUACGCCGGAGAAGACGGCGACCACGAAGGUGACGAGACCAAGUUCAAGGAGCGCGGCCUCCUGGGCGCCAUGGAGAUCACCGAGGGCCUCCUGCAGCGCGCAAGGAGUAGAUGGACGAUGGAGAAGGUCGCGGAGAACGAAUGGGUCAAGGGCGCGAUCCAGGUCGAAGGCGGCCUGCGCUUCCGCGAAGAAGUCGAGGGCGCGGAGGUAUGA